UUAAUGUCGUCGAGUCCUUCGACAAGCACCGCCAUGACACCCGAGAAGCACAUGCGCUUAGCGAAACCCUUUCCACCUUGUGCGAGAUCGUUGCGGCAUCAUGACGGUCAAACGUGGAUCGACGAUGCACCCGAGGACGACUUCGAGGAUGACCUAUGGACGACCGUCGUCCCUUCCAUGAAUCGGCAUCUCGACGAAUGGAACGAAAAUGAUUGGAAGGCGAUGGAGCGUUCCUCCCCAUGGGCAAGCCAUUACAAGUUUGCCAACAUGUUGGAGUUCGGGAGCCUCAUGGCACUGCCUGCUGGUGUCCUCCAUCGAAAGACCCUGGACGAUAAGGGUAAACCGGUCCGCUUCCGUACCAGCYUYAGACGUCGCCUCCACUGCGAGURUAUCACAUCUUCGCSACGAACUUGGGGAAGUUCGCRGAAGCAAGAGUUGGUGGACUGCGCUCGUCAUUGUUCAUUCUUGGAACACUACCCACCCUGUUGCGCAGGGACUUCUCCACAAGCUCUGUCGUACUGUUGUGUGCGGUUGACGGAUGACAGAUGUCCUUUCGCCAGAGUGCUAUGUGUGGCUUCUUCAAGCAAAAGCGGGAAACUUGUAGAUGCAGUUGUGCUUGUGUCAUGCAACGAGAUGGUGCUUCAGGGAUCCAGGUUCAAGGCGGUCAUGUCUUGCCCAUAUGUAGAUGGACGGUCAGACUUGGUGAGAGCAGGUCAGGUAAGAGUUUUUCUGUCAAUGUGGGAUGAUGUGGAAAAGAAAGUGUCUGAAAUACGUGACUGUAUAGGGAAUUCCUUAGCACGACGAGGAGGGUUUGUCAGGAUGAAAUACAUGUCCGUGUUUUCGGAAAAGGCAACAGUCGACAAGCCGCAGAUCCAUGUGUAUGGAUCAUCUAUGAAUGCUAUGUAUGGCUUCCGUUCACGACCUCGUCCUCGGGAAACCCCGUGUUCGAUGUUGGAUUGGGUGGGUGGAAUCGGGGAACCCUCGGGUGGGCUGGUUUUGUAUGUGGUGAUCAAAGAUAACAUUGUUCCAAUUGGCGGUGUGGUGAGGUGGAGUGGAGAAAAUUCACAGUUCGCCAUGUUGGAGUUGACGACGGUCCUUAACGCUAGAGGUGAGCGGAUGACGAAUGUUAAACACGUUGCUCUUCAUUGGGCCAAACACGCUGGGAACGGCAAGAAGCUUUAUGACAUUUUGAAUCCUCCCGGGACGAAGAAAUUGACUUUGCCGGACCUUCGAGCGGUUUUCACAUUCUUUGACAAAAAUGUGGUCGCAGGGCAUGAGCCGGUGGUGCAUGCUUCCAACCGCAUAUCUGAACCGAAAAGCGUGCUUUCGUCGUCUUUGGAGGCGGCUCCGUCGUCCAAACCAAUCAUUAUAGGUACCCGCCCACCGCCAUCGCUUCGGACUACGGUUGCUGCGGAGGCGGCUCGGUCAUUGAAACCAAUCAUUAUAGGUGUCUGCCCAACGCCAUCGCUUCGAACUACGGUUGCUGCAAAACGAGUUCCGAAAUCUGGGCAGAUCGGGGAGAAAGGUCUGUGUCGCGGGCAAAUCGUGUCGUCAGCCCCUGUGAAGCGUAGACCAACAUCAACCAAGGAACCCGUUUCCUUGGUCCGCCCGCCACGCUAUGAGUUGGUCAUUCCUGCUGGGUUGCAUUUUUUUGGAGAUGACGACGAGGAGAACAACGAGGAAGAUUGGGAGCGCGAUGAAGAACGCGAAGAAUAUGAGGAGGGUGGCGGAGAAGAGGAAGUAGAGAGUCAGCACACAAUCAGCGAGAGGGGUGGGCCGGGCGAAUUGGAGGGUUGUCUAGGGGUUGAGUAUGAGGACGAAGGGCAAGAAGAGGAAACGACCGGCGAGGGAGGGUAUGCAGAUGUGCAUUGGGGUUCCAAACGAACGCAGCUGCUCGCGUCGGGUCAUGGGCAUUGGGAAGCGGAUCUAGGGCGAGGGGAAAUGCACCUCGCAGUUGGGGUCGAGCCGGUGCAUGCCGAUGCAGUCCGACUAGCUGAGAAGAAAAGGAAGAACAAGCAAGAGAGGAGAAGUGCUUUGGACUGUAAGAAAACCAAGCAGGAGGGGGGAGCCAAGCAAGAAGAGGGCAAACACAAGUUGAAAAUGCUGGCAGUUGAGAAGGCCUUCCAACGUACGCGGAAGGCUGAGGAGGCCAUGAAGAAAAAACGACAGUCAAGGAAAAAAACAGUGAAGAGAGGUAUGACGGAAAAAACUUCCGUUUUUCCACCGGACCUGCCACAGUCGGAUGAAGACGCUAAGGGCAAGACAUUCACUAGACCGCCCGGUUUGCAAAUUCUGCCGCCUGGGAAUUCUUCUGGUCAUCUGAGCAAAGGCUUCUUCCUUGAGUUCGACGAGAAUGGUAAACAGAGGCCGGAAAUGCAGUUCAUUUGUGUCAAGUUGGACAUGAUUCUGGAUAUCCCUGAUGAGGAAUUCACAUAUAAUCAGUGUUUCCUCGAUCAGGAGCUUAUUGAUGACCUUUACAAAACAAUGGUUGAGUUGGGUGAGGCAGCUAUCAGAGAGAGAACGACCGGGGCAGCCGGGGUGAAUGUAUAUGCAUUGUACGAGAAGCCUGUCCUUUUGUUGAUUGGGCUACAUGAUACAAUGCAUACUGACGCUUCCGGUACGAAUGUGAGGGCGAGAAGAGUAACGCCCGGCGAAUUCGAUCUCCAAUCCGUGCGCAAUCCUAUUGGUACCCUCUCAGUGGUCAACACAAUGUUGCGGCGGCGAGGAAAUGUUCUCAAGAACGCCCUGACAUCGCUCGUGAGCUCCGUUUGGAUUGCAAGACUGCAAGGCCUGUUUACUAUCCGGAUAGGAGCAUGGAGAAUUACUGCACCUUGAGCACUUUCCAAAAUGCGAAGGACAAAUGAAAUACUCCUCCGCAC